CGGCGCUUGCAGAUGACGUUCAGCAGAGCGCCCGCUGUCAUGGUAACCAGCUGACUGGGGGGUGUGGUUUAUUUAGAAGGAAGCGCGGCAGCCUAAGUUUGCGAAGGUAUAUCAGGUUAGAGUUUCGAAAUGCAGGGACGCUCGGCUCCAUUUAUCUCCUUCACGUCUGUGGAUAACUCCAUUUCGUCCUUGAAGAACUGCCAAGCGUACAUAAACACAGGGAUGGAAAUCACUACCAACGUGGCCCUCGACCUGCUGGAGACUGGCUGUAACUCAACUGAUGUGAACAGCAUGGAGUCCGUGAUGCUGGAAUACGCUGCUAUGGACAGAGACGUAAACCAGUACAUUACCGCGGUAGAAGAGAUCACACGUCAGCUAAAGCGUGAUCCACCAGAAACCAUCCCCGAUCUAACAGCCCUUGUCAGAGAGAAGUAUGCAGCCAUUCAGAGCAAGAAUGCGGUGGAUGACCUUAAAAAAUGCGGAAGAUUCCUGCAGUUUAAGGAUCAGGUUCGAGAGAUGAGAAAGCAAUAUGGCGUUUCCCAAGAUGGGACAGAAGAGGAAAUGUUUGAGUCCAUGGAUGACGAUGUGACCGUUACCCAGAGCCAGGCAAACUUUGUUUGCCCCAUUACGCUGGUGGAGAUGACAAACCCGGUGAAAAAUAAGGUAUGUGGCCAUACCUACCAGAGGGAAGCUAUCGAAAGGAUGAUUCAAGACAGGCAGCAAAAGAAGAAGAACACCAGGUGCCCUAAGAUCGGAUGUGAUCAUUCCGACAUAAAGAUAACGGAUCUUGUUCCAGACGUUGCUCUUAAAAGAACUAUCGAAACUCACCACAAACAGAAAAGCCAUCGCUGAGCGGCGGAUCGGCCGUCUCCCUUCUUUCCAAAAAGGGAAAAUGCUGUUAUUUGUACGAUAUGUUGAUUAUAGCAUCCAUGUUAUGCUCGGUUUCAGUGAAAAAUCGCCUUGAUUUAUGAAAAAUAAUGCAGAUGAGGAAACAUAACUUCUGUUUAAUUCUGCGUUGCGCAACCGUUGCUGGAUAUUCUUGCGUUUCUCUCGCUGUAAGCAAAUCUAUUUAUGUUACUUAAUAAAAAAGGGUUCUUUAAA